UAGGACCCCAGCUGUACUAAUGUACAUCCACUUGAAAGAAUAAAUGAGUGAAUGCGUUUUUGUGCCCUUUGCCUUGAGAAAUGCAACAUAUUGGUCAUCUUAAGAUAUGAUUGUACUAGGUUUAGGACAAGUUUUACUGCCUUUGUAUCAGCAGAAGCAGUGGCUCAAAGAGUUAUGCACAAAACCUGGAAUCUGGAUUAUUUUCCUGGAGCCUGACACCAUUUAAAAGGAAGUGAUUUCCUGCAGCAAGCACCACAGCGUUUGCUACUGCAGAUGAAGUGGAGAGUGGAAUCUUCAAAUAUGAAACAAUUAGCAGCAGUACUCGUCUGUUUACUGGCCGCCUGCCUGGCUGACAAGCCUCAACCAUGCACAAGUCCUCCUCUCCUGACUGGAGCCUUCACCGUGUCUACACAGAAUGAAGAGCUGUGGCAAUAUGCACAGUUUAUUUAUGACGCACUGGGCCAGAAGAUAAGAAUGAAGGAUUUGGGAACCUAUGACAAUCAGAGUUUCACCCAUGAUGUUCUUCUGCUUUUCAGAGAGGGUGUAAUGUAUGAGAUCAAUGACUUGAACAGAACCUGCAAGAAACUGCCUCUGAAGGCUGACUUCCAUCCUUUGGCGAUCCCCAAAGAUGCAGUACUGCUGGGACAAGUGGUGAUUGGCAGCUCCUCUGGACCUGGACAAGGACUCCUGGUCAACACCUGGACGGGGGACAUAGGAGGUGAGAGACAGCAAAGAAACAAUCAGUACUACUUUGUCAAAGUUCUGUAUAUAAAACUUCUUUUUGUGAUUGUUGUUCCAGGAACGUACAUGAUGACAGUCACUGAGUUUGGAUGCAUUCCUGUGACCACUGUGCAACACACCAACAAGUUUGGAUGGAUCAUGACAAGCUUCUUUAACAACAUCAUCGGGAUAACAGACCCCAGUAAGCUUAACCCUCCAGACUUCUGCCCAGAUGCAAUGACAGAAGACGUCACACGGGAGCCUGCAGACUUCUGGAGUUUGUUUUUCAAUAAAUAAGUAUUUGCAAAAAAUCUGAUCUUAAAGUAUUUUGAGACAAGCAUCUGAUCAGACAUCAUGUACUUGUAAUUUUGCAGACUUGGAAUAAAUGCCUUUGUUACAAGCAAA